AUGAUUUCUGCAACACAGUCCCGACUUCCGCGUGCUGCCUCCUCUUCCAUUCCUCCUAUGGCGCCAUCUCUAAAGCGCAAGGCCAGUGAUGAAGCCAUUGGAUCUGCUGCUAAAGUACAGGCAAUUGCCGCACAAGGAGCUGCUGGUCCUUCAAGGAUAGUCAAGCCACUACCAGCAAGCCGGCCACUCUCUCGCAAUGGCACUCGUCCAGGCGCAAAGGUCUGCGAGCGGUCCCCCUGCUAUUCGUCCCACCAACGCCCGCCGGCGGCAUCUGGAAUCGUCAACGGUCAGAAAAUGGUUAUUGAUACAAAGGGCAAAGGUCCCCAUGGCAAAAGCAUUGCUGCUCUACGGAAAGGGGGCGCUCUUACUGAUGCCGUGAAUCAACUUGAAGUGGAAAACGAAUUAAAUGCCGAACGUUCAAAAGCCGCAGAUCUUCAGACCUUUCAGACCGGACUUCAGUGUGAACUUGCUGCAGCGAAAUCCCAGGAGCUGGAAACUAGACGAGCAUAUCUCCUUGCAUCUGACGAAAUCGACUCUCUCAAGAAGCAGCAUGCACGCUCUAUGGAGGAUAUUACAGCGACCUUGGCAACUCGUGAUCGAGAAAUUAAAGAGCUGAAUGAAGACCUAACGACACUGCAGGAGGAGUUAUCCAAGGAACGAGAAGGGAGAAUUGAAAAACAAAGAUUACAGAACGAGGUCGUGCUUUUGGAAACCCAAAUCACAGCCCUCAAACAAAGAGGAUACACAUUACAGGGAGAGGCGGAAGGCCUGGCGGCAGAUAAAGUAUCUCUGAAACAAGAGUUAGAGACUCUUAGGAAAUUAGUCGUCCAGAGAGACGAGGAACUACGCGACGCUGAAAUGGUUCGACGAAAGUUACAUAACCAAGUACUGGAAUUGAAGGGUAAUAUCCCACACGAACAAGAAUCCCCUGAUGGUCUAGCGCAACUGUCAUUCCCCGACAAGGAUAAGCAAGAAAUCGUUGUCACAUCCAAAAGCGAGUCGGCGACGGGUGCUACCAGGGAAGCAGUCAUGCCCUUCACAUUCGAUAGGGUGUUUGCUCCGGGUUCGACGCAACAUGACGUGUUUGAAGAGAUUUCGCUACUCGCACAAUCUUGCGUCGAUGGAUACAAUGUUUGCAUAUUUGCGUAUGGCCAAACAGGCUCGACGGAAGAAACGAGGGGCAUGAUACCCCGUGCAGUUCAACAGAUGUUCCGUGUGACAGAGGAUCUUAAACCGCGUGGUUGGGAAUACAAGAUGGAAGGGCAAUUCCUAGAAAUCUAUAACGAAACUAUCAAUGACCUAUUAGGGACGGGUGAAAUAGACAAAAAGAAGCACGAGAUCAAGCAUGAAAAGGGGGGAAAGACAACCGUUACUGACGUCGUCGUUAUUCCCCUAACUUCGCCUAUACAGGUUCUAGCACUACUCCAACGAGCGCACAAACGCCGCACGGUGGCUGCCACGCUGAUGAAUGAGCGCUCAUCACGUUCGCACAGUGUAUUCACGCUCCGCGUUACGGGGCAUAACACCCAUACCGGAGAAUCCUGUUCGGGCACGCUAAACCUUGUGGAUCUUGCCGGAAGCGAACGCCUUAGUUCGAGUGGUGCUGCCAAUCACAAGGACAGGCUCAAGGAAACACAAGCUAUCAACAAGAGCCUGAGCGCGUUGGGUGACGUGAUAGCUGCGCUUGGAAAUAACGGCGGUGGUGGGGAGAAGGGACACAUUCCAUACCGGAACAGCAAGUUAACCUACCUGCUACAAAACUCGCUCUCGGGUAACUCGAAAACAUUGAUGAUGAUGAACAUGUCCCCUCUCGCGGCUCACCUCAGCGAAUCACUUUGUUCAUUAAGGUUCGCGACCAAGGUGAACAACACGAAUCUUGGAGUGGCCAAGAAGCUGAUUCAGGCACGUCCAGCUUAG